UAGAACUAACUGAUGAGUAAUGACGAAUGGAAAUAAGAAUAAGUGAAACGUUAAAUUUUGUGCAUUGAGUAAUUCCCAGAACAUAUAAAUGUCCUUUAUUAAAUUAUACGUACAACCGUUUAAAAUCACGUAAAUACUUUCUGCAUGAAUGGAAUUACUUAACAGUAUUUUAAUUAUAAGAGAACUACACCUUAACCUAAAUCAUGCUAAUAAAUAAUUUGUUAAAAUUAAUAAUUGUUGUAAUUUGUAUUAAGUGUACAUAUUCUUGGAGUUACAACCCUUACUGUUGGGUAGCUGAGUGUUGUGACAAUGAAACUAUUCCAGGAGACAUACCCAAAUUAAGAAGAGCUUUAAACCAACGAGUAUAUGGCCAACACUUAGUCAAUAAUGUGGUUGAUGCCAUAGCUGCUCAUUGGGGUUAUCAUAAAUCCCAGAAAGCUUUAACGUUGAGUUUCCAUGGCUGGCCGGGUAGUGGGAAAAAUUAUGUUUCAAAAUUUAUAGCCGAUAGUUUAUAUAAAUAUGGAAGUAAGAGUAAAUACGUCCACCAUUUUAUUGGAAGAAUUCAUUUUCCCUUAGAAGAGAAUGCGCAAAUUUACAAGGAAAAUUUAUACAUGUGGUUAAAGGGAAACAUAACAAAAUGUCCAAAACAAUUAUUCAUUUUUGAUGAAGUGGAUAAAAUGCCUGCCACCGUGCUUAACGGCAUUAAACCAAUGAUAGACUACCGUGACAUGGUUGACGGUGUGGACUACACAAGGUCUAUAUUUAUUUUCUUAUCGAAUACGGGUGCCGGUCUGAUAAACGAGCAUUACGAACAACUGUGGCAUGAGGGCAAGAAACGAGAAGACCUGCGACAGAACGAUUUCGAAAAUCUGAUAUCGAAGGGAGCAUUUAACGAAGAAGGUUGGUUGAACAAAGAAGGAUUUAUCAAUAACAUCGCGAGGAACGUAAUUUAUAAACUACAUUUGGGUUCCGUUUACCAUUUUAUCGCCGGGGGAUUCCAUCGUUCGGACACUAUUAAAAGCAAUUUAAUUGACCAUUACAUUCCGUUUCUUCCGAUGGAGGAACGGCAUGUUGUGGAAUGUAUAAAAGAUGAAUUUAGACUGCGAAAUGUGGAUAGCCCCAGCCUCGUACACAUAAAGGAAGUGCUUGAAUUUAUAGAAUGGGGACCCGAUUCCAGUAAACUAUUUUCCAAGACCGGUUGUAAACGGAUAAGUGCAAAAGUUGCGGUGCUGGUAGCUAAAUAUUAUGUUCACUAUGAACCCAGAAAAGAAUUGUGAAUUAUUAAGUUCAAAGUGUUCAAGCAGUGCUAUUUUUGCAAUAAAUUGCGUUAAAUGCUAUGAUUUUGUGUCAUAUUGCUAAUUUACAUCAAUUUUGUUUAAGUACAAAUUUUAGUUAAGGAUUUUUAUUCAUCGUAAGCUUCAAAAGAAAAGUUGUAUUUACUUUAGGUUCUACAAAUCACUUUUUACAAUUUUGUAGAUUAAUUUUUAUUAUAUUGUUAAAAUAGCAUUGUUAAUUCCAAGCUUUUUGCAGACAAGAUUUUUUUAAAUUUGUCGCUGUGAUAGAUCAA